AUGUCCGAAGCUAGUCGUUCAGUGGUGGAUCCGGACCGAAGCGAAUCAACUUCAUCAGCUUCUACAUUCACAGGAUGGGUCCUACGUGUGAACGAGAGUCUUCGGGAUCUCUCAUCCGAGAGGGAAUCCAUGCAGUCGUCGGGGCAGUCUGGACACUCUGGAUCAGAUGAGGAGAAGAAACCUGUGAUUCAGGAGGACCUUCCAGAUUCAACCCCUCAGGAGGUUGCUGAUCAAGAUUAUCAUCAAGAUGUUGAAGAUCACAAAGAUUUUCCGUGCCUCUUCCAUUCGUACCUCACCAGAUGUGCUAAGGGCCAGUUCUGCAAUUUCUCUCACUCCAUCCAUGCGGAUCAGGUGAGAGUUCCGUCCGCGAAGACGCGCCGUGGCACGGCACGCAAGCGCAUCCAGAGACGCCUGGAGCAGCAUUUCAAUGCAGCAAAUCUCUAUCAAGUGCACGAGCAUCUUCAGAAGGAGGCACAGCGGGACCAUUAUGCCCGAGAGCUGAUCAGAAAGCAUUUGACUGCGAUAGCGACUUCCCCCACAGAGCAACUUCGGUUGGUAGGACUGGUGCCACUUCUUCUGUGGUUGGAAGAA